AGGAAGGAUGGCUGUAGGAAGGAAGGCUAGAUGGAGGUAAGGAUGGAUAGUUUGAUGGAUGUAGGAAGGAAGGAAAGUUGGAAGGAAGGAUUGAUAUUAGAAGGAUAGAUGGAGGGAAGAACGGAAUACAAAGUGGAUGGAAGGAAGGAAAGUAGGAAGAAAUGAAGGAUAUGAAUAGAAGGAAGGAUGGUGUGUGUGUGUCGGUCGAUAUUUGUCCACGCCGCUCUCCUCGCUCUGGUUGUGACGUCACAGCUGCAGAGCGGAUGUAUAAAAAGCCUCGCGCGCGUUUGUCGCUCACUGACACUCACUGUGGAAGCGGAGACAUCAAAGACUCAAGCCGCAGCCUCUAAUCUGCUCAACCAAGACAUGAAGCCGCUCUCUCUGCUCCUCCUCCUCUCCUCGGUCCUCCUCUCCUCGCACCUCCGCCCCGCCGCCGGCAGACCGCGCGCUCUCCCUGGCUGGCUCAUGGACGAGAGCGGCCACGUUCAGGCGCAGCGGCUGGAGGAACUCCUGCGCAGAGUGUCCGGCGUGGACAGCUCUCCUUCCUCCUCCUCCACCGCUGAUCUGCUGCACGAGAACAUCCUGAAGCUCCUCCACAGCAGGAACCACCCCGAGCUCGCGCACCUGCAGCCGCCACAGGAGCAGGCGCAGAGCGACAACGAGGACCUGAGGACGGCGGCGGUGGCGGCGCAGCUGCUGAAGCGCAGCGAGAACCCACAGCUGUCCAUCAACCUGACCUUUGACAUGCUGAGGGACAUGAUCCACAUGGCCGAGAUGGAGCGGCUCGUGGCGGACAACGAGAAAAUGUUCGGCGACGCCGGGAAGUAAAGCUGCAAUAAACACUGUCCACACAACCGCUGACACACGUGUUUGUUUGUUUGUUUGUUUGUUUGUUUGUUUGUUUGUUUGUCUGUGCGUGUUUCCUCUGUGCGUCUCCAUUUUACGCACAGCAAAAUUACGCAUCGCAGCCUCGUCCAAAGUAAAUGUGUGAGUGUUGAUUUGAAGACUUUGUUGGACAAAAUGGACACAGACCCCACAUCCACGCUGACCUUCAAUCACGUGACCCCCCCCCAAAAAA